AUGUCCUUUACUUCUUCAAGCUCUGGCUGGAAAUCAGCAACAGUAAGGAAGGUAAAGAAAGUUCGAAACAAAGUUGAUAACAUAGUUCAUAACUAUCCCAAACUUCCAGACUUUCCUUUAGGAGAAGAAAAUUUGCCAUUUCAGAUUGGAAAGAACGUUUCAGUGAAAGAGUAUAACACCUUUGUUGACCGCCACGAGUCGACUGGAUACAAAUUUUAUUGGGAAAACAAAAACGUAUAUAUUAUUGAGAUGGCUAAUGCGGAUCAUGAAGCUGUCGUGUCUACAUUGAUGCAAUUCUUUCUUCUUCCAAACAAUGGUGUAAUAAUUCUUCCUCCGAUAAGAGUUCUUCCUCAACCAUUCCACUUUAAUCCGGCCGGCCAAGGGGAAAAAACGGCACCAGACGUCGCGGUAUAUCCUGCUUCUGCUCAUGUUCCACGACCUGGUAUUCCACAUCCAGGCCCUCCACCUAGUGAUACAAAUGGUAACCCUCACGCAAGAAUUAUCGUUGAGACAGCUAACUGGCAGAGCCUUGAAUACUUGAAUGAAAAAUGUGGGGCGUGGAUGCGUCAACAAUAUGUUCGAGAUGUACUUGGAAUCAAACUUGAUGCUAUUAGGAGCCAUCAAGGACAAGUUCAUCGGUCGAUGUUGGCUACAUUAUGGACGCGUCAAAAUGUGUCACCAACGGCACCAGUAGGAUAUGUUGCACCACCAGGAUUUACAGUAUCAACGGAUCCAAAUCUACCAAGAGUGUCUUUCAGAACCUGGGAUUUCGGCACUUUACUAUAUGGUACUACUAAUGCUAACGCUUGCACUGCUCCGAACCUCCCUGCUUAUCAAGUGACAAUUCCAAUUGAAGAUGUUUUCUGGAACCCCCCAAUAGUUCCUAAUACUACUACAAGAACCAACAUUCUGAAUGAAACUGGUUACAUCAUAACAGUUCCUAAUGUAAUCACAGUUCCCAAUUUCAUCAUAGACUUAUUCGCAGUCCAGCAAGCAGUUCUAGACACUCAAAGAUUAUAA